AUGACGCCUGCAGAUGGACAAGCAUCGUGGACAAAGCCACCCCAAGGUCAGCUUAAAGUAAAUGUCGAUGCUGCCUUGUUUCGUGAAACAAAUUCAUUCAGCUUUGUGGGUGUGGCCCGAGAUCAUUUGGGUGCAUUUGUGGAGGUUUUUUCGGUUUGCAGGUUGGGCUUAGUCUCCCCUGAGCUUGCAGAAGUGAUGGGAAUCCGGGAAGCAUUGAGCUGGAUCAAAAGGAAAAAUUGGAGAAAUAUUGUUGUUGAAACCGAUAGCUUACUAGUAGUUCAAGCUCUAAGGAGUAACUUGGAGUUGGAUUCCUACUUUGGGUGUUUAAUUCAAGAGUGUAAAAUCCUGUUGAGGGAUUCCAUUUCUGUUUCAGUUGUCUUUGUUAAACGUACUGCCAAUGGGACCGCUCAUGCUCUUGCAAGAGAGUCUACCAUGGUGGCUGUUCGUAGCUUAUUUAAGGAGGAUUUGUCCUCUAGUUUCUGGACUGUAUUGCUGAGAGAUAUUUGA